CCUCCACUCUGCUCUGUUCAUUCUCAGGCCGGGUAGGACCCAGCAACAACACAGCGGUCGGUUCAACCUAUGAAGAGUGGGUUUCACAAUCGCCAUCCAUCCUUUGAGUAGACAAUAUUUUGUGGAAAUAUAUCUAUAUCACUGAUCAGAAGGUACACUAAGUCGUUGAAUCGAAGGCACUGGGAAGAGGCGCAAGGGAAAAUUUCCAUACUCGAUGACAUUACAUCGCAAUGUCCGAUCGUUUGGGGCAAAUAACCAAGUCCAAGGAUGGGAAAAGCAAGUAUUCCUCACUCAGCCUAUUUGACAAGUACAAGGGAAAAUCAAUAGAAACUCAGAAAAACACAGUAGUUCCUCGACAUGGCUUACAGAGUCUUGGCAAAGUGGCCGCAGCCCGGCGUAUGCCCCCACCCGCUCACCUGCCGAGCCUGAAAUCUGAAAACAAAGGAAACGAUCCCAACGUGAUUAUUGUGCCCAAAGACGGUACAGGAUGGGCGAACAAGCAGGAACAACCCGAUCAAAAGAGUUCUAUUGCAUCAAUACCACAGCUGCCGGAGUUGCAGCCGCAGCUGGCUUUACAGAAAUCUGUCUCCAAUCUGCAGAAGCCCUCACCAGUAGCCAGCCAGGAGAACACAAACACAGGUGGACCAAAGCAAUGGGCCCAGCUAAAUGGAAAGGGAGUAGAGCAAGAUGGUUCAAGGGCCUCAAACCGACUUCAGCCCUUCUCUCACGAGGAAUUUCCCACACUGAAGGCAGCUGGAGAACAGGACAGGGUUGGCAAGGAAAGAAGCGGCUUCGAUCCGUCGUAUGGGCCCGGACCAAGCCUCCGCCCCCAGAAUGUGACGAGCUGGAGGGAAGGUGGUGGCAGGAACCUUCAACCUUCAUCCCUGACCCUCAGCCUGCCAGCAGAUCCUGAGGGAAAGCUCACUGCCCUGGGUGAGACUGGUACCCCCCCAGCCUCAUCUCACCCCCCUUCUGCCACCGGCACCACCACUUCCACCACAGUCACAGCUCAAACACCCAGUCUGGAUCCCAAGGAGCCUUCGCUGCGACCUGCCCAGCCUGUCCGCAGAACAACCGUCCCUACUGCUCUGCAGUACCAGCUCCACCACACUUCAACUGCUGUCUACCAUGACAUGUUACCUGCAUUUAUGUGCUCUAAAGAGACACGUGAAGCCCCAGGUACAGACCACGCCCCUACCACUGUUACAGCCCCAGCCCGAUUUGAUACUAAACCCACUUUCAGGCAGAGCUAUGCCAAACCUGAUCUAGUCAAUGGCGAUGUGAGGAGAGAGAACCGCUUUGUUCGCGGUCCACCUCGACUCUCAUCUCAACCCAUUCGCAGGCCAGGUGACAGACCGCUUCGGCCAGCCAUCAUCAACCCAGAGGACCUGAAAGAUCUGGAUGAGCUCGACAAUGACUGCGAAGACGGAUGGGCUGGACUUCAUGAGGAAGUUGAUUAUAGUGAGAAGCUCAAAUUCAGUGAUGAUGAAGAAGAACACGCCCCCGGAGACAAAAACAAAAUGUGGACUGAAUGGGAAAGGGAGAAAGAACACCAGCGUGACUGCCAGUCCUCCCUAAGUCUAGGUGAGGCCGCCUACCCCCAGGAGAGCCCUGAUGACAGUUACCCCUACCAACACCAUCACCAUGAGCCUCCCAGGAAGGCCAGUGGUAGAUACCUCUCUACGGACAACCAGCCACAGCAGAAGAACCAAGGUGAUCCAGUAGCUGAACAGGAAGAUCACCAGCGUCACUCUCAGGCUCCAGCCAGGGCCAAAUACGUGUCUGCUGAGCUGUCUGAGGCUGUUGAGAGGGCCCGCAGACGUCGAGAGGAAGAAGAGAGACGAGCCCGGGAGGAACGUUUAGCUGCAUGUGCUGAAAAACUAAAAAAGCUGGAUGAGAAGUUUGGGAAGACUGAAAGACAGUCAUCCCGGUCAGAGGAAAACCAAAAAGAUGGAGAGGGAAAGGAUGCCCCACUGUCCCCGAUCCGGGAUCAAAGUAAAGCGCACCAUGACAACUGGCAAUACAGCAUAAAAGAUGGAAGCGAGUGCCCUCCUGAGAACUCAUCUGUCCAUAGUUACCGUGACGAACCAGGCUUCUCUGCCUACCGAGGAAGUGAGGAUGAAAGCCAGGAGCCCUCCUCCCCUUCAGACUGUAGUGGUCGCCAGGCCUCCAAACCCAUGCCUCCCCGCUUUCAAAAGCAACCACAUCACCAGCAGGAACAAGUAUACAAGAUGCAGCACUGGCAGCAGUCAGGUCACCCUACGUCAUCUGGCUCUAACCACACCCAGCGGGGCUACUAUCCCCCACAUGUCCUUGGCUUUGAUCCUCGCUGGAUGAUGAUGCCUCCCUUCAUGGAUCCCCGUAUGACCCAGGGAAGAUCUCCUGUGGACUACUAUCCCAGUGCGGUUCACUCCUCAGCAGGAAUGAUGAAACCUAUGAUGCACCAAGACCACCUGAAUAGUCCUGGCUCUGAUGAAGGCUGCCAUUCCAGUAUGCACCAGGAGAGAAGAGCCCCUUCCACUGAGCCCUGUCCUAUGUGGAACCAAGAUGGGUACCCAUUACGUAGUUUCACUCCACCCUACCAGAGGCAGCAUGAAAAUUCCAACAGCAGCCAGCGGGACGACAGAAGUGACAUGGCCUGCUCUCAGCAAGACUCCUAUGAAGAUAAGGCCAAUGAGUGCUUGGACCAACCACAAGAUAAUCUCCCUCAUCACACAUACCCAAGCAGAGGACCAGACCGAGAGCACCAACACCAUGAACAAGGCUUACUAACCACCGCUCAAAACCACUCCCAGCAUCAUGCAGAUGGUGAAUACCUGAAACAGGACUCUAGAGAUAAGUAUCUGAAAGAUGGCACAGACUCUCAUGAUGAGACAUCAGAUGGCUCCAAAGACAUUUGGAAAAGAGAUGGCAGUCAGAAGAAAGAUGGAGGACCCAACAGUGUCCAAAACCAGUGGUCUGAACCCAGUUCCAGUUGUAGUAGUAGUGUCAGCCAGCCAUCUGAGAACAGUGGGCGAACUUUGACUCGUAGAACUGGGCCAAUAAAGAAACCUGUUCUUAAGGCUCUUAAAGUAGAAGAGAAGGAGAAUGAGAAGCCUAAGCCUGAGCCUGAAGAGAAGCCUGUCCCAUACCGCCUGGAGAAAGAAGUCCUUACAAAUGUUUAUGACUUAAAGAAGGAUAACCAGCCUGCAAGCAACAGGCGUUCAGCUUCACCUGUUGUUGAGAAACAGCCUGAAGAGAGGCAGCGUCAGUCUCCAGCUCCAACUAAAACAGAAAGGCCUCUGAGCACCCAAAGUGAUGACUCUCCAAAGGAUAGUGCCUGGGACACUGGCAAGAGUCAGCCAUCCAGAGACAACCAGGAAAUUCGUGAGCCACAAGUACCACGGCGCAACAACUGGAUCUUCAUUGAUGAAGAACAGGCCUUUAGUGCUGUGAGGGGAACAGGUAGAGGCCGUAGUCGAGGCUUCAGGGAGUUCAGCUCUAGAGGUGGAACCCGAGGUGGCCGAAGUGGAGACAAUCUCAGAGGGGCUUAUAACAACAAUAACAGCAGCAGCAGUGGAAGUGGUCCUCAGCGGACAGUCAGAGGUCGAGCCCCCCCAAGGGACCUUGUCAAGGUGGAGGAGUUCCAGAGGGGCAAGCCCCGAAGGCGGAACGUCAGUGAAACAUUGAGUGAGGCAUCUGAAUAUGAGGAACUACCCAAGAGACGUCGCCAGAAGGGAUCUGAGAAUGGUGAAAUUUACACAGAGUCUGGAGAAGUUCGGAAAGCAGACAGAGACUCUUGGCGAUCUAACAAAGUGUACACAGAUGAACAAACAGCCCCCGAUUCCAGAGAAAAAGCCAAAGCCAGCAGGAGCUUCGGAGGUCGCAUGUUGCCCCCCAGACUGAAUGCCACUGGAAGUUACAGUCGAAGUUUUGGUGGCUCUAGGGAUAUUUCCACAUGGAGAGGCCGUGGACCUCAGUUCAACAGCACUGGUGGUCCCAUGCAGGAAAAUGGUUACGGUCCUGGAGCUGAAACUGCUUACUCCCGCAGACCCACUGUUGACCGCGAGACUCUCAAGUACACCCCUAAAUUCACCGGCUCCUUCAUGGAAAAUGGCACAGAGGACCGUGAAGGAGACUACUACUUUGACAAUGAUAACCCUGACAGGCAGGUUUUAAGGCGACGCCGCCCACCUCGUCAAGACAAACCUCCACGUUUCCGUCGGCUGCGGCAAGAGCGUGAACCUGGCUCAAACCAGUGGACAAGUGAUGAGUACUUAAAUGGAGACUUUGCGGCCCCCUGGCCUGGGCGCUCCAAAGGCAGUGGGGAUGACAGCUGGCCAAGUGGACACUAUGCAGGUGGACGCUCUAGUCAGCAUGGGCAGGCAGAGGAGUGGGAGACAGGAUCAGACAACAGUGACUUUGGAGACUGGAGAGAGAAGAGGAGCGGAAGUGGAGGUGCAGCUCCUCAGGGACACGGUGAUAUUCCGUCAGACUCUGGUCACAGUGAACCAGGCUCAGGUGAGAAGAGGGAACUGUCCAAGAGAAGUUUUUCCAGCCAGAGACCCUUAGUGGAACGGCAAAACAGGAAAGGAGAGCCAUCACUGCUGGAAGCAAAUAAGAUGACGCGUACACCCGAUAAUCCUCCCACCUCCUCCUCAAACAGGAGUGAAAAUUGGCAGAAUGGAGGGGCAUCUUGUAAAAGCAGGAGCCCAGAUGAGCCAGGUCCAGUCUACAGCAUAGAACAGCCUGAGGAUAGGGAGCCCAGUGAACCCUCGGGGAAAAAAAUAGACAAGGACCUGAAGCCAGGGCCGGUCAAGACAGACAUAUCUGAACCUCUGUCUCAGUAUGAGCUCAGCUAUCCGAUUGAAGGGGAUACAGGUGGAUCAGUUUCCAACUCAGAUGGGUACCAGGAUGCCUUGUCCAAAAAGCAAAGGCGUCCACAGGAAGAUGAGAGGAGGCGGAAGGAGCAGGGAGCUGCUGUGCCGGGGAAGAACAGGCCGAUCACAUCCAAGAUUCCACCACGCUUUGCUAAAAAGCAGGGAAGCAUGAGCAUCGAACAACCUGAGGAGGCGCUUUCCUCAAACAACCUCGGAACUGAAAUCUGGGAAACAAACAGCUCAGCUCUUUCAGUCCAGUCUUCAGGGGGAGACUCAUGGACUAAACAAGUGUCAUACACUGGCAGUGAGCCUAAUUCUGAGGACUCUGAUGCUGGCCCAGAGCAGACAAAAGAGCAGCACAAGCCAGGCCCUAUCGGGAAUGAGCGUUCCUUGAAGCAUCGCAAAGGAUCAGAAGGCGUUGAUAGGUUGGAAGGUGGCCCUAUCACGCCCGUCAAUGGUGUGGAUCUCCAUGUGGACACUGUGCUCCCUGUGCCUCCUAUUGAGUUUGGUGUCAGUGCCAAAGACUCUGAUUUCAGCCUGCCACCAGGUUCUACUCCAGUGCCUGUGUCCAAUCCUGUCAACAAGCUUCAGGAUGCACUCACCACCAAUACGGCUCUCAAUCAGAGCAUCCCCAUGCUACGCUCCAACCACCUGCAGCCCGCCAUCAACCUCAACCCCAUCUCCUUCCCCACCGCAGACCUCACUCUUAAGAUGGAGUCAGCACGUAAGGCGUGGGAGAACUCCCAGUCGUUGCCUGAGCAGGGCUCACCUGGCGGAGGGGCUUCAGGUGCUCAGCCUCCCUGUAGUGUAGGCUCAUCCAGUGGGGUCAGCUACAGCUCUUUUGGAGGAGUUUCCAUGCCUCCGAUGCCUGUGGCCUCAGUAGCACCUUCCAUGUCAAUGCAAGGUAAUCAUAUUCCCCCUUUGUAUCUGGAUGGGCAUGUGUUUCCUAGCCAGCCACGCCUUGUGCCACCCACCAUGACCCAGCAGCAGACCUACCAACAGGCAGCCGCAGCCCAGCAGAUUCCAAUCUCUUUGCACACAUCUCUUCAGGCUCAGGCUCAGUUGGGGCUUCGUGGAGGUCUGCCGGUCUCGCAGUCCCAGGAGAUGUUCAGUUCUAUCCCCCCUUUCAGGUCCCAGGUCUACAUGCACCCUAACCUGUCGCAGCCCAGCCCCAUGGUGCUGUCAGGUGGGGCCCCCCUGAAGGGGCCCUACUCGGCCUUUCCUGGCAUGCAACCAUCAGACAUGGUGAAGACCCAGUCAGGCUCACACUACCAGCCCAUGAAUGGCAGCCAACCUAUGGUCUAUGACAGUCAGAUGAACCAGGGCCCUGGUAUGGGUUCCUCACAGCUGAUGGACUCUCAGCUCAUCCAGGUGACCAUGCCAUUACCUGGCUCCCAGCUGCGCUAUGGCUCAGCUCAGCAACAUCUCAUUCUUCCCCAGUCCAUCCAGCUGCAGCAGGGACAGAACUUGUCAGUGGGGGCCCCACGACGCAUGAUGCCCCCCGGCUCCCAGCCCCCGGUCAUGACUGGCAGCCGAGAGGGCUCCCAGAUAGAUAUGAAGGGUUUCCAGUUCUCUGAGAAGCCCAGUCAUUCCCCUGGCAUCUCUGGAGCCUCUUACAGGCCGGGGUCUGCCAGCCCCAGUGGGAAACCCUCUGGUCCGGGGGGGCCUGUUGGCCCUCUGCCAACACAUUUCACUCAACAGGUCCCACCUGCUCAGGGCAGCAUGGUGAUGCACAUGCGACCCCCCACCACUGGCCCUUUCCCCAACCCCAUCCAGAGACCAGUCAUGCAGGUCAACAAGCCUGUCAUCAUCCGCUCCCCCCCCUACCCCAACCCCGGCCGUGACCCCCCCCACUCCACACCUCCCUCAGCCCCUGAGCCCCCCAUCAAAGGGCCAGAGGAUGGCAUGAAGAACAAAACCAUGCGAGAUGUGCGCAAGGCUGUGGGUGAGGGGAAGACCCCCCCUGUGGGCAUGACCAGCAAACUCCAGGAGCCCCUGCCCCCCCCAGGGCAAGCCAAACCAGCACGCACUGGAGCCAUCAAACCACAGGCUGUUAAAGUCGAGGAGGGAAAGGCGUAACAAUGGACCUUAAAAUCCUCAACAUCCCCAGCCUGACAACACCAAACCCCUGAGCAGCCCCCCCCCACCUCCCAAGGCAAAGAGGGGUAAUGAAUGACCCUCUGGAACUGUCACAACUGGACGUUAUUAUUUCACAACACAUAUAGAGAUAUAUAAAUAUAUAUAAAUAUAUACAUAGACACAAACAGUCUUUUAAGCAGAUCUCUUCAAGGUCCUCUUUAAUUUAUUAUUAGUCAUUUUAAGGGAGAAAAGUAACGAGAAAAGAUGUUUGUUUUUUGUGUUUCUCCCUAAACUAGGAAUAGAAAAUGGCCAACUGAAGACAGAUGAUUGAUUUUCAUACUACUUUGCCAAACUGUUCUCUGCUCCCUGUUAACAGACACUUCAACUCCCGCCAAAAGCAAACUGUCAAAAAAAAAAAAAAAAUCAGCAAAUUCUCAAUGCAGCGGGACACUUUUUUUGUCAUAUUUCAUUGGCAUUUUUGCUGGUAAAUGUGGAGUUUCUUCCAAGUCGACCAUUCUUUAUUGGUAAAGGACUCCUUUUAUGAAAGCAGAAAAAAAGACUCCGGUUUGUGGACGUCAUGCAUGUCACCAUGAUGAAAGUGAAGCCAUGCUUUUCCUGGUUUACUUCGCCCAGCUCAUGAACUGCGGCUUAAACUGCUUAGAUUGGUAGAAAGUUACCUGUCAAUAUUUCUUUUCUUAAACUUUUGUUCUUUGCAUUUACACUUUGUCGCUGGCUUUCUUCUGUGUGUAAAACAAAAUUAAAGGUGGACGUUUUCCCAGAAUCAUGUUGCUUCCAUGGAACUCCCCUGGCAUCGACACAGCGCGUGCAUGAACGAGUGUAAACUUUACAGACUGUUCCACCCACUGACCAUUAUUGAUCAACAAGGUGGUGACAGUUUUGGCUUCAUUGUGAUUUUUUUUUUUUUUUUUUUUUUGGGAGGGGGGGCGGGGGGUGUUAAAGAAGAUGCUAUAUUCAACAUUGCUGUAAAAAAAGACCCAGAACAGCUGAUUGAAUUGUUUGCUUUCUUACUGUGUUGUUUGGGUUGUAAUGAAUCAAAGUGUCUGUUCAUGAACAUGUGAUGUGAUGAGUUUUAUAUCCCUCAAUCUGGGCUGUUUUUUUUUUGCUUUUUUUUUUCCUUUUAUGUUUCCUGACAGACUUCUCUCUGGUUCCGUUCUAACUCCAACAUCCACUGAUGUUUAGAAUUGUGAAGAAAGUGAGAUCAUCACUAUUUAUUCUUCAGCUUCUGGUCUCUGAAGUGGCACAAGCAAUAAAAUGCAGCCGAGCUAGAAUCAUAAUCAGGGUCCAAGUAACUUUUUUCAGAUGGGAGUUAAUGAUUACAGCGGGGUGGGGGGUGGGGUCUGAUCUUUGCUUUGCUGAUUUAUUUUCAUGUAUGUGAGCUCUGCAGAUCCAGAGGAAACAACAGACUUUUAAAGUGUUUGUAUUAUUUGAAAAUGUGAAACUGUUGGAGUUUUUUUUUUUUUUUUUUUUUGUAAUGGACACAUUUUAAAACUCACAAUGCCAAUGUCAUAACUGGUUCAAUGUUACUCUUACUAUAACGCUCCAUGACACUACAAAUGUUGCGGUUUAUCUUUGACAGUGUUUCACUGGUAUAUAUGUAUAUGCAUACUUAUCUGUACAGUUGAGCCUGAUCAGUGGGGGGGGGGGCUUAAAUCCACAGUUAAUUUUAGAUAUUGUGGCACUAUAAAGGAUUUAACGUUGAAAAGGUCACUGUGUUCUCAGAAUGGACUGCUUUCACUUGUGAAUAGGUUUCUUGGGCUUGGAGUGUUUUUGCCUCUUAUCCCCUUACUGCAGAAGCUUCUCAUCAUUGUACCUGCACCAAAAUGUUUCCCUGACUUUUUUGUACUUUUCAGAUGCAUAUUUGAUUUUUGUCAGAGGACCAGUGCUUUCUACAGCUGAUCUCCGGUCUGUUUAUCCUACCUGAUCUUUAUCCUUUCAGAUACUUGGUCAUUACUCUCCCUUGUUAAAAAAAAAAAAAAAAAAAGA